AUUUGAGGGCCACACACAAAGGGAGCCGUUUCCCUUUGUCAGGCAGGGCGAGAGCGAGAGAGCGAGAGUCGUGAGACGCAUCCAGCGCCCCCUUCUAUCUAGCUGUCGACCAUCGUUCUAUCAGCGCUGCCGCGGCUGUCGUCCCAGCAACUUGGGGCUGGCGAAUCUGCAUGCAAAACUGACGUGCGACGGGCCCUGCUGACGAUGCAUUGUGAAAAGGACAGGCCGACUCGAGUUUGACCCCCAAGAACAACACCGAAAACACCCAAGACUGUCUCACUUCCAUCCUCAUCCCUCUCCAUCGAUCCAUCAUCAUCGCCCGUGCAGUAGCCGGCAUUGACGAACUGUGCCAUGAGCGGGGCUACCCACGAGGGCUUCCUAUUUUUCCUCGAGCCCAUGGGCGAGGACCAGGCAGAGGCGGGCAAAACAUCGACGGCGGCGACGAGCAGCUCGUCACACCGGCUCGAACGACGACGCAAGGCGAGCGAGCUGGCCCUGCGCGCGAUUGCGGGCCGCGACACGGCAGACCGACGGCGGGGUGCUGUCGAUUGGCGCGAGCGCUGGUGCUCGCUCCGUGGCGAUGUCCUCCAUGUGUACGACGACCGCCUGGCGAGCUUGGCGACACCAUCCGAGCCCGCGCCGAGACAGGUGUUGCUGAGCGACUACCAGCAUCUGCAGACGACCGGCAGCUUCGACCCGCGCAACCAGGGCGUGUGGGAGCUCACGCUCUCGCGGCGACCGCCCACGACGGCAUCGGCCAGGACGCUGCCCCGGUCGACGACGAGCGGCAGCAUCAGCUCCUUCUUUGACCGCCUCGGCAGCAGCUCCAGCAAUCUCAGCGGUUUGGCCACGGCAAAGACGAGCACCGAGGAGACUACGCGAUGGCACAAGCUCACCCACCGACCACGGCGGCUCUACCAGCUCAUGUCUUCUUCUUCGAGCAGCAGCAGCAGCAACAACACCAUCAACAACGACGGCAGCAACACAGGCACCAGGUCAAGGACCGUGAGCAGCAGCAGCAGCACCAUGACCAUUGGCUCGUCGGCGCAAGACCACGGUCAAGCUGCUGCAAUGGCGACUAAAGACGCCGACGCGGCGCCCCUCGUGCUGCGCGUCGGCGACGCCCAGGCCAUGGUGCGGUGGUCAGAGGCGAUUGCCGCCGUUCUGCGCGAUGCUCAGAGCGCAGAAUCACCGAGUGACGUGGCCGUCGCCCUUGGGCCCCGCCAUCGACAGCGUCCCUCGCUCUCGGUUUUUGUCGACGAGCGACCGCCACGGGACGACGACCCCGUGCUCACCGCCGGCGCUGCGUCUCGGAAGCGCAGAGGCGACCCCAUCGCCUCGGGCCUCGUCCGGCAGUCUGCUGCCUCGCCGCCGCCCUCGUCAUCGUCACCGAUUCCCCCGCCAAGCUCGUUCCAGAUGACGUCCAAGGCCAAGAGCAGCGCAGUCGUCGUGUCCGACAUCAUGACAAAGUCCAGCUCCAAGUCCCGGUCCAGGUCGCGGCCCGUCACUGCGCAGGGCCUCCUGGACCAGCACCGCCUGUCGACGGCAUCGACGGCGUCUCCUCCUGCUUCGACCCGUCGCGCCUCGCUAGCCUCGACGCUUUCAAGGCCAAGCACGGCCUCGGGCCGGCUCUCCACCGAGGACUCGGGCCGCAAGAGGGACAGUCUGCGGAGCAUUCGCAGCAACAGCAGCAGCAGCGCCUCUCCGCGCGUGCUCCUGUCCCUCUUUGGCCCCGUCUCAAGCGAACCGGGCCAGGGCGAGGACAGACUCACACCGUGGGCCGCGGAAGAGCCCCUCGACGGCCGACCGACAGCGAGGCCAAGCGAGGGCCUGGGGCUGGACCUCGGCCCGCGGCCAUCGCCUAUCUCGGCAUACGAUCAGUUCUGCACCAGUCACUUUUCCUCCCCAUCAGACGCCCUUGUUGUUGCUGCUGGUGACGAAGACCGAGAGGAACAGGAGAUCCUGCACAGCCCUGCCUCGACGACGGCGCCCGCAGCGAUGAUCCCCCGGAGCCAGUCGCUCCUCAACCUCGCCCAGCGGGCCUCCAAGGCGACGAGGAGCGUGCUGUCGCCGUCGGCGGCCGCAUACAAUCUCCGCAAGAGCGUCUCGUUCCAGAAGCCUGCCGUGCUUGACCGGCAGGACAACGAAGAUGGCCGCACGCCCGCGUGCUCCUCCGUCGACAGCUUCGAACUCGUGCAUGCAUCGCCAUCGCUGCCCGCCAUCAGCCUCGCCGACUCACCGAGCAGCAUCGGCAGCCACGGAAGCAGCGUGGUGCUUGCCAGCCUCUCACCGGCGCCUCGCACACCCUCUCCCUCGUUCGCCAUCAUCAGCAGCAGCAGCAUUAGUACCAAUGCUGGUCCUGCAAACGGCAACGCGGGCAAGAAGACGCAUUGGACGCUUCUGUCUUCGUCGACUUCAAAACGAGCACGCCUCACUGCGACGGCCAAGAAGCUCGCCUCGCCUCGCUCUUCGCCCUUGAGCUUCUCCUCGACGACGCUGUCCUCUUCCUCUGCCGAUGGCCACGACACUGGUGCAAGUGCAGGUGCAGACGCAGACGCAGACGCAGACGCAGGUGCAGUUGCGACGGCGAGGAACAACUCGCUGCCGACGAACGGCAUCCACUGCGGCAGCUCAACUGCGACUUUUUCCUCUUCCUCGGUCUCAUCGUGCUCCUCGCCGCCAUCGACGCCCGUCGUGGCCGAGAUGCCCCGUGCUGCUGCUCCCCUGCCCAUGCUCGUCCAGCGCAUUCUACCGCCCGAGGAGAUCAUCUCGACACUCGAUCGCAUCCGCAAGCUCGAGCUCGAAGAGGCAGCCAGCGUCGAUGAUGAUGCUGCUGCCGCUGCUGCUGCCGACGGCGGCAGCCUUGCCAUUGCGGGCAACGCUGGCAGGAGCACACCCGUGCUCGAUCACCACCACCAUCUCAGGGCGCUCUCGACGUCGAUCAGCCUCGCUGAGAUGUGCGAACAGAAGCGCAAGCCAGACGGGCUCCAUCCACAGUACAACCACCACCACCAGCACCACCACCAGCACCGGCCUGGCUCUGCACAGCGACCGAGGACGAUGCGCCCAGCCACAUCGGCAGACCAGCUCUCGCUCUCGCCGGCGCCCAGGGCAAAGAGGCAGCAGUCGCGCCUCUUUCGUGUGCACAGCGACGGCGACGGCGACGGCAACGGCGAAGGCACCGACGACGGUAACCGCAAUGAUGCGACGGCCGUGCACGUCGACUUGCGAAGUGGAGCUGCGAUGAGCACCGAGGCGACAUCGCAGCAGCUGCCGUCCACGCCACGGUCCUCGAACAAACGAGGCAGCGCAGCAGAAGGCACCGCGCGGCCGAGGAGAGAGACGAUGAAGGGCUCGAGCGCGAGUGCAAACGCAGACGAAAAUGCAGGCGAUCAGCACGAGACACCGGGACGCACAGGCAGCAAGAGGAGCGCCAUGGGCGACCGCACUAAUGCUUCGCUGCCCAUGUCCUGGUCCACGUCGACGGUGACGCCAAAGCAGCAGCGACAGAGGACGAGGUCCAUCUCGGGCGCCUUUUCGACGCCAUGA